AACACUUAAACUGCAGCGCGCGUUUGCACUUGCCCCUUGAUGCUGGACUUCUGUCUAUAUCUCUACCACAUGCCCAUUCGCUCCGGCUGCGGCUCUCGCGCCGAUGCAAAUCUCAACGGCUGGGGAAGUCUCAUAGGCUAUUCUACAAUCAGUUAUCCCAACUUCCUCAUCCUCGCGGACGCCCAUCACUGAGCGUGGUCAGGCAUCUAGCAACGCUGUCACGCUUCGCAUGGGGGAUUAGAAGUGGUAGACGACGAAAUGUCACUUUGACUGCCAUUAGACUGAUUCAUUCGCAGAUGGAGAAAAUCACCCCCUGACAAUUUUGACUGUACGCUACGUUCUCUGUGUGUGCGCCUGUAGUUUAAGCGUGUCAAACCGACCUCCAUUCUUCACAACUUCACCUGAGAGUAUGCUAAGCACACCUCUCGCAUCUUCACCACCGUGGGACGACUGACCCGGCUUCUCAAAGGUAUCAUGGCAGCUUGAAGGUUUGCGUGUGCUCUCACGGCCUGCUCUGGGUCCAGCACAGGAGCGGGCUAUUAGACAGGAGAGGGAAAUACGGAAGCCCCGACUGGCUCAGAGCAGGCAGAAACCCCCUCUGCUGGACGGAAGCUGACACUGCACCCGCCGCGUGGAGGAAGACCCAAUUCAGUGGAUCCAUAAAAAAGAACCCGUCCAAACGUGCACAAAUUCAGGGACCCAUCCUUGCGGGGACCGCUGAAGACUUCAUAAAAUGAGCAGAAGCAAGCAGAGGGGAAACCCCAGAAGGAUUUAGACCUUGUCCCUGGAUACUGAAAGAAAGACAGUUGCUGUGGAAGAAAUUUAUAUGAGCAAUGGAUUAGUUACUUUUCAUUUGUUCAUUAUUUUGGCAUUUCUGACAUCGAUUGAAGACGGAGGAUCUUGGUGAACAGAUGAUAGGCCCACUCAUCCCAUCCCUCUCUUCAGGUAGUCCCUGAGCAGCCGGAGACCGGGCGGAGCCUGCAGCGCCGACGCCCCGAGACCCCGCCCCGCGCCUUCCUGGACCCGGCGAUGCGCGCAGCAUGGAUGUGAAGGAACGCCGGCCCUACUGCUCGCUGACCAAGGGGAGGCGGGACCGGGAGCGGCGCUACACCAGCUCCUCGGGCGAGAGCGAGGAGUGCCGCGUGCCCACGCAGAAGUCCUACAGCUCCAGCGAGACGCUCAAGGCCUUCGACCACGACUCCUCCCGCCUGCUCUACGGCAGCCGAGUGAAGGACACCGUCCACAGGGAGGCCGACGAGUACGCCAGGCCAGCGGGGCAGAACUUUAACCUGCGGCAGCUGGGGAUAUGCGAGCCGGCCGCGCGCCGCGGCCUGGCCUUCUGCACGGAGAUGGGCCUCCCGCACCGCGACGCCGAGAACGAGGGCGUGAUGUCGCCCGAGCACGCGGUGCGCCUCUGGGGCCGCGGCGUCAAGUCGGCCCGCAGCUCCUGCCUGUCCAGCCGCUCCAACUCCGCCCUCACCCUGACCGACACGGAGCACGACAACAAGUCCGACAGCGAGAACGGUUCUCCCAUGCCAUCUUCUCUGUCCAGUCCAUCCCCAGUCACUGAACAUGCUCAUUCUCAACCUCCAUCACCCAAUCUCCAUGACAACCGGAGGCCGUUGCUAAGUAAUGACCCCGCCCAGCCGGUUCAUGACUCCGACUCGGAGGAGGAGUACACAGCCAGGCUGUAUUUGCCCGUAAAUCAGGCUGGCCAGGCUCCCGCGUGUAAUGAACAACCGUCCAAUCACCAGGGCCCGCCGGUGCUGCCGCCCGUCCCGCCGCCCCACAAGCAGCAGCCCUCCGUCACCGCCCUCAACCACAACUCGCUGACCAAUCGGAGGAACCAGAGCCCGGCCCCGCCGGCCGCCCUGCCCGCCGAGCUGCAAACCACACCCGAGUCGGUCCCGCUGCAGGACAGCUGGGUCCUGGGCAGCAAUGUGCCACUGGAGAGCAGAAAAUUAGCAAAGCAAGCAGUUCUCGAAAACGGGCAUGACAACCUAAUAGAGAUGGAUGUAUUCACUCCAGCGUGCCACGAAGGGGGCUAUGGGGAAGGGCACUUCCUCUUUAAGACAGGCACAGGCACGACUCCCCUCUUCAGCACCGCGACCCCGGGCUACACCAUGGCGACCGGAGCCGUCUAUUCCCCGCCCACCCGACCCCUGCCCCGGAACUCGCUCUCCAGGAGCGCCUUCAAGUUCAAGAAGUCCUCCAAGUACUGCUCCUGGAGGUGCACGGCGCUCAGCGCGGUGGGCGUGUCCAUCCUGCUGUCCGUCCUGCUCUGCUACUGCAUAGCCAUGCACCUCUUUGGCCUGAACUGGCAGCUCCAGGAUGCAGAGAGCUUCACCUUUGAGAACGGGCAGGUGAAGCCUGAGGCCACGCCCACCAACACAGUGACCGCACUCUCAGCUGACAGUGGGAAACUGGGCAUAUUCCUGCAGGAGAACAACACCAUCGACACGGGGGAGGUGGACGUGGGGAGGCGCGCCGUGCAGGAGGUGCCGCCCGGCAUUUUCUGGCGCUCCCAGCUCUUCAUCGACCAGCCGCAGUUCCUCAAGUUCAACAUCUCCGUUCAGAAGGACGCGCUGGUGGGGGUGUACGGCCGGAAGGGCCUGCCCCCCUCCCACACGCAGUAUGACUUUGUGGAGCUGCUGGACGGCAGCCGUCUCAUCGCUAAGGAGAAGCGGGCCCUGAUCGAGGCCGAGGGCGGGGGCCGAAGGGCCCGGUCGGUCAACGUGCACGAGGCCGGCUUCAUCCAGUACCUGGACUCCGGCGUCUGGCACCUGGCCUUCUACAACGACGGCAAAAACAUCGAGCAGGUCUCCUACAACACCAUCGUCAUCGACUCCAUCAUGGAGUGCCCUCACAAUUGCCAUGGAAACGGAGACUGUCUGUCCGGAACGUGUCACUGUUUCCCAGGAUUCCUUGGACCGGACUGCUCGAGAGCCGCCUGCCCCGUGCUGUGCAGCGGGAACGGGCAGUACUCCAGGGGGCGCUGUCUCUGCUUCAGCGGGUGGAAGGGGACGGAGUGCGACGUGCCCAACACCCAGUGCAUUGACAUCCACUGCGGGGGCCACGGCAUCUGCAUCAUGGGGUCCUGCGCCUGCAACACUGGCUACAAGGGGGACAACUGCGAGGAAGUGGACUGUUUGGACCCAUCGUGCUCAGCACACGGGGUCUGCAUCCACGGAGAGUGCCACUGCAACCCGGGCUGGGGGGGAACCAGCUGCGAGAUCCUCAAGACCAUGUGCCCGGACCAGUGUUCAGGGCACGGCACCUACCAGACCGACACCGGGACCUGCACCUGCGAUGCCAACUGGACCGGGCCGGACUGCUCCGUCGGUAAGGAUCGCACCGAGGUGUGCUCGGUGGACUGCGGGAGUCACGGCGUGUGCCUGGGCGGGGCGUGCCGCUGCGAGGAGGGCUGGACGGGCUCCGUGUGCGACCAGAAGUCCUGCCACCCGCGCUGCGCCGAGCACGGCUCCUGCAAGGACGGCAAGUGCGAGUGCAGCCAGGGCUGGACCGGAGAGCACUGCACCAUCGCUCAUUAUCUGGAUAGGAGGGUUAAAGGAGACAAGAUAGGAUACAAAGAGGGCUGCCCUGGGUUGUGCAACAGCAAUGGGAGGUGUACCCUGGACCAGAACGGCUGGCACUGCGUCUGCCAGUCCGGGUGGAGAGGGGUGGGGUGCGACGUCGCCAUGGAGACCCUCUGUGCAGAUGGCAAGGACAACGAGGGAGACGGUUUGGUGGACUGCAUGGACCCCGACUGCUGCCUGCAGACCUCCUGCCAGAACCAGCCGUACUGCCGCGGCUCCCCCGACCCCGGCGACAUCAUCGGCCAGAGCCAGCAGGCCCCGCCCCAGCAGGCAGCCCGCUCCUUCUACCAGCGGGUCAGCUUCCUGGCCGGGCCGGGCAGCUGCCACGUCAUCGCGGGGGAGAACCCCUUCAACAAGAGCCUGGUGUCCAUCAUCCGGGGUCAGGUGCUGACGGCGGACGGGACGCCCCUCAUCGGAGUGAACGUGUCCUUCGUGCACUACCCGGACCACGGAUACACCAUCACGCGCCAGGACGGCAUGUUCGACCUGCUGGCCAACGGGGGCGCCUCGCUGACCCUGAGCUUUGAGCGCUCGCCCUUCCUCACCCAGUACCGCACCGUGUGGAUCCCCUGGAACGUCUUCUACGUGAUGGACACCCUGGUGAUGAAGAAGGAGGAGAACGACAUCCCCAGCUGCGACCUGAGCGGCUUCGUCAGGCCCAGCCCCCUCAUCGUCUCCUCCCCGCUCUCCACCUUCUUCAGGUCCUCCCCCGACGACAGCCCCAUCGUCCCCGAGACGCAGGUCCUGCAAGAGGAGACGGCCAUCCCAGGAAGUGACCUCACCCUGCUCUACCUGAGCUCCAGGGCGGCAGGCUACAAGCCCAUCCUCAAGGUGAUCAUGACCCAGGCCAACAUCCCCUUCAACCUGAUGAAGGUCCACCUCAUGGUGGCCGUGGUGGGUCGCCUCUUCCAGAAGUGGUUCCCCGCCUCCCCGAACCUGUCCUACACCUUCAUAUGGGACAAGACCGAUGCCUACAACCAGAAGGUCUAUGGUCUGUCAGAAGCCGUGGUGUCUGUGGGCUUCGAGUACGAGUCCUGCCUGGACCUGAUUCUCUGGGAGAAGAGGACGGCCAUUCUGCAGGGGUACGAGCUGGACGCCUCCAACAUGGGCGGCUGGACCUUGGACAAGCACCACGUGCUGGAUGUUCAGAACGGCAUCCUGUACAAGGGGAGCGGGGAGAACCAGUUCAUCUCGCUGCAGCCGCCGGUCGUCGGCACCAUCAUGGGCAACGGGCGCCGGCGCAGCAUCUCCUGUCCCAGCUGCAACGGCCAGGCCGACGGCAACAAGCUGCUGGCGCCCGUGGCGCUGGCCUGCGGCAUCGACGGCAGCCUCUUCGUCGGCGACUUCAACUACGUCCGGCGCAUCUUCCCCUCCGGGAACGUCACCAGCGUCAUGGAGCUGAGAAAUAAAGAUUUCAGACAUAGUAACAACCCAGCGCACAGGUACUACCUGGCCACGGACCCGGUCACGGGCCAGCUCUACGUGUCGGACACCAACUCCCGCCGGAUCUACAAGCCCAAAUCGCUGACGGGGGCCAAGGACCUGCUCCAGAACACGGAGGUGGUGGCCGGGACGGGGGAGCAGUGCCUGCCCUUCGACGAGGCCCGCUGCGGGGACGGGGGCAAGGCCACCGAGGCCCUGCUGAUGGGCCCCAAAGGCAUCGCAGUGGACAAGAACGGAUUCAUCUACUUCGUGGACGGGACCAUGAUCCGGAAGGUGGACCAGAACGGCAUCAUUUCCACCCUGCUGGGAUCCAACGACCUCACGUCUGCCCGACCUUUGACCUGUGACACCAGCAUGCACAUCCGCCAGGUCCGUCUGGAGUGGCCCACCGACCUGGCCAUCAACCCCAUGGACAACUCCAUCUACGUGCUGGACAACAACGUGGUGCUGCAGAUCACGGAGAACCGGCAGGUGCGCAUCGUGGCCGGGCGGCCCAUGCACUGCCAGGUGCCGGGCAUCGAGUACGCCAUGGGCAAGCGGGCGGUGCAGACCACGCUGGAGUCGGCCAGCGCCAUCGCCGUGUCCUACAGCGGCGUGCUCUACAUCGCCGAGACGGACGAGAAGAAGAUCAACCGCAUCCGGCAGGUGUCGACGGACGGCGAGAUCGCCCACCUGGCGGGCACGCCGUCCGAGUGCGACUGCAAGAACGACGCCAACUGCGACUGCUACCAGACGGGCGACGGCUACGCCAAGGACGCCAAGCUCAACUCGCCGUCCUCCAUGGUGGUGUCGCCCGACGGCACGCUGUACGUGGCCGACCUGGGCAACAUCCGCAUCCGCGCCGUCUACCGCAACAAGCCGCCGCUCAACUCCGCCAACCUCUACGAGGUGGCCUCGCCGGCCGCGCAGGAGCUCUACGUCUUCGACGUCAACGGCACGCACCAGUACACCAUGAGCCUGGUCACCGGCGACUACAAGUACAACUUCAGCUACAGCAACGAGAACGACAUCACCGCCGUGACGGACAGCAGCGGCAACACGCUGCGCGUGCGCCGCGACCCCAACCGCAUGCCCGUCCGCAUCGUCUCCCCCGACAACCAGGUCAUCUGGCUGACCAUCGGCACCAACGGCGGGCUGAAGAGCCUCACCGCCCAGGGCCAGGAGCUGGUCCUCUUCACCUACCACGGCAGCAGCGGCCUCCUCGCCACCAAGAGCAUCCAGAUUGGCUGGACCACUUUCUUUGACUAUGACAGCGAGGGCCGACUCACCAACGUGACCUUCCCCACCGGGGUGGUGACCAAUCUCCACGGCGACAUGGAAAGGGCUGUCACCGUGGACAUCGAGACCUCCGGGAGAGAGGAGGACGUGAGCAUCACCACCAACCUCUCCUCCAUCGACUCCUUCUACACCCUAGUCCAAGACCAAUUAAGGAACAGCUUCCAGGUCGGCUACGACAACUCCCUGCGCGUCAUCUACGCCAACGGGAUGGACACGCACUACCAGACGGAGCCGCACAUCCUGGCGGGCGCCGCCAACCCCACCGUGGCCCGCCGGAACAUGACGCUGCCCGGCGAGAACGGGCAGAACCUGGUGGAGUGGCGCUUCCGCAAGGAGCAGACCCGCGGGAAGGUCAUCGUGUUCGGCAGGAAACUCCGGGUGAACGGCAGGAACCUGCUCUCCGUGGACUACGACCGGACGCUGCGAACUGAGAAGAUCUACGACGACCACCGCAAGUUCCUCCUGAAGAUCGUCUACGACAGCGCGGGUCACCCCGCCCUGUGGGUGCCCAGCAGCAAGCUGAUGUCGGUCAACCUCACCUACUCCGCCACCGGCCAGGUGACCAGCCUGCAGAGAGGCGCCACCACCGAGAGGGUGGAGUACGACAGCCAGGGCCGCAUCGUCUCCCGGGCCUUCGCCGAUGGGAAGACCUGGAGCUACACCUACCUGGAGCGGUCCAUGGUGCUGCUGCUUCACAGCCAGAGGCAGUACAUCUUCGACUACGACCUGCAGGACCGGCUGUCGGCCAUUACGAUGCCGAGCGUGGCCCGCCACACCAUGCAGACCAUCCGCUCCAUCGGGUACUACCGCAACAUCUACAACCCGCCGGAGAGCAACGCCUCGGUGGCGGUGGACUACAGCGAGGACGGCCAGCUGCUGCAGGUGGCCCACCUGGGCACGGGGAGGCGGGUCCUGUACAAGUACCGGCGGCAGAACAAGCUGUCGGAGAUCCUGUACGACAGCACGCGGGUCAGCUUCACCUACGACGAGACGGCGGGCGUCCUCAAGACGGUCAACCUGCAGAGCGAGGGCUUCAUCUGCACCAUCCGGUACCGGCAGAUCGGGCCGCUCAUCGACCGGCAGAUCUUCCGCUUCAGCGAGGACGGCAUGGUCAACGCCCGCUUCGACUACACCUACGACAACAGCUUCCGCGUGACCAGCAUGCAGGGCGUCAUCAACGAGACGCCGCUGCCCAUCGACCUCUACCAGUUCGACGACAUCUCCGGCAAGGUGGAGCAGUUCGGCAAGUUCGGCGUCAUCUACUACGACAUCAACCAGAUCAUCUCCACCGCCGUCAUGACCUACACCAAGCACUUCGACGUCCACGGGCGCAUCAAGGAGAUCCAGUACGAGAUCUUCCGCUCGCUGAUGUACUGGAUAACCAUCCAGUACGACAACAUGGGCCGGGUCACCAAGAGGGAGAUCAAGAUCGGGCCCUUCGCCAACACCACCAAGUACGGCUACGAGUACGACAUGGACGGUCAGCUCCAGACCGUCCUACUGAACGAGAAGAUCAUGUGGCGCUACAACUACGACCUGAACGGGAACCUCCACCUGCUGAACCCCAGCAACAGCGCCCGGCUCACGCCGCUGCGCUACGACCUGCGCGACCGCAUCACCCGGCUGGGGGACGUGCAGUACCGCAUGGACGAGGACGGCUUCCUGCGCCAGCGGGGCGCCGAGAUCUUCGAGUACAACUCCAAGGGCCUGCUGGUGCGGGUCUACAGCAAGGGCAACGGCUGGACCAUACAGUACCGCUACGACGGGCUUGGGCGGCGGGUGGCGGCCCGGACCAGCCUCGGCCAGCACCUGCAGUACUUCUACGCCGACCUGAACUACCCGACCAGGAUCACGCACGUCUACAACCACUCCAGCUCCGAGAUCACCUCCCUCUACUACGACCUGCAGGGCCACCUCUUCGCCAUGGAGAUCAGCAGCGGGGACGAGUUCUACAUCGCCUGCGACAACACGGGCACCCCGCUGGCCGUCUUCAGCAGCAACGGCCUGCUGCUCAAGCAGGUGCAGUACACGGCCUAUGGCGAGAUCUACUUCGACUCCAACCCGGACUUCCAGCUGGUGGUGGGCUUCCACGGCGGCCUGUACGACCCCCUGACCAAGCUGCUGCACUUCGGGGAGAGGGACUACGACAUCCUGGCCGGGCGCUGGACCACCCCGGACAUCACCACGUGGAAGAGGGUGGGGAGGGAUCCCGCCCCCUUCAACCAGUACAUGUUCAGGAACAACAACCCCAUCAGCAAAAUACAGAGAGUGGAGGAGUACGUCACAGAUGUGAACACUUGGCUGGUAACGUUUGGGUUCCACCUUCACAACGCCAUUCCAGGCUUCCCCAUCCCCAAGUUCGAUCUCACCGAACCCUCCCUGGAGCUGCAGAAGAGCCAGCUGUGGGACGACCUGCCAUCUAUCUCUGGGGUGCAGCAGGAAGUGACCCGCCAAGCCAAGGCCUUCCUGUCGUUCGAGAGGCCGCCGCAGGUCCAGCUGGGCAGGAGGCGAGCCAUCAGGGACAAGUCGUGGCUGUGGUUCUCCACCGUCAAGUCCCUCAUCGGCAAGGGCGUGAUGAUGGCCAUCAGCCAAGGCCGGGUGACCACCAACGCGCUCAACAUCGCCAACGAGGACUGCAUCAAGGUGGCGGCCGUCCUCAACAACGCCUUCUACCUGGAGGACCUGCACUUCACGGUGGAGGGGCGGGACACGCACUACUUCAUCAAGACCAGCCUGCCGGAGACCGACCUGGGCACGCUGCGGCUGACCAGCGGCCACAAGUCGCUGGAGAACGGCAUCAACGUGACCGUCUCGCAGUCCACCACGGUGGUGAACGGCAGGACGCGCAGGUUCGCCGACGUGGAGAUGCAGUACGGCGCGCUGGCGCUCCACGUGCGCUACGGCAUGACCCUGGAUGAGGAGAAGGCCCGCGUCCUGGAGCAGGCCCGCCAGAGGGCGCUGUCGCGCGCCUGGGCCCGGGAGCAGCAGCGCGUGCGGGACGGGGAGGAGGGCGCCCGCCUGUGGACCGAGGGAGAGAAGAGGCAGCUGCUGAGCAGCGGGAAGGUCCUGGGCUACGACGGGUACUACGUCCUCUCGGUGGAGCAGUACCCGGAGCUAGCGGACAGCGCUAACAACAUUCAGUUCCUGAGGCAGAGCGAAAUAGGGAAAAGGUAACAGACUGCUGGUUUACUGGCUGCCAAAGAGACUGCCCACGGCCAUUCCUGACCAGAAAGGGGGAGCGGGGUGGGGGUGUGUGUGUGUGGGGUGGGGGGGGGGGGGUAAUUGCUGUGUGCUGUGGCACCUGGACUUAGCAAACAUUGAGAGAGGCCCUGAAGACCCUACCGCGUCUGGGCCUGAGCAUGGCUGUGGCACAGACCGUGCUGUCUGUAGCACAACCUUGGCGAAGUGGACAAACUCUCGCUUUCUCCGAGAGAAGGACAAAGUCAAGGAGACAAACUGGUGUUCUGUAAAAGCAACACACGUUUUUUUUUACAAAAUGUUGAUCUGCUUCACAACAUUGGAGUGAGGGGGGGGGGGGCAAAUUAAAUGUAAAAACAAAAACAAAGAAAAAAAAACAAAAAAAAAAGUGUUUACAUAUGCAUAUCACUGCACUCAGCUGGAAAAUAUGUACAAAUCCUAUCCAUUUUCUUACAAUCCUGCCCAUAAUCACACGUUUUUGUUCUCAUUCUGUAUGGUUAAUCUUUACUUGCUUAAGGGUGUAGGGGGUUCUAGUCCUGCUCUCAGAGAAUCCAUAGGCCUGUCCUCAUUUAAUAAGGUAAAGUUGCUUCUUUUUACAGCAUUCUAACAGAUCAUCUCUACCAGUGACAUCUUCAAAAUAUCAAAUGCUUUCUUUUUUUCAAGACGAUUUUUAUUUUUGGAGUGGGGGGGUUGGGGGCUCGCGAAAGUAAAUUUAUAUGUAAAUUAAUGAGAUACACACCCAAUAGUACAAAACUAUGCCCUACAAAUGAAACCAUUUUUAUAUAUCUGAAUUCCAGUCAUCCACCCAAUGAAAUAUUAGUCUCAGAGGAAGUAAUUCAUGUGAAAUCUUUAUACAUAUUGAGAAAUUAAAUCCUAUCAUGAGUUGUGCUUUAUACUCCAUAAAUUUUUUAUAUUUUAUCCAAUCAGAAUUUACGGCAAUGCCAAUUGAAAUAAAUCAAAUGUAUUGUUUUAUUGAUUUCUAAAUAUUUAUUGCUGUGUAAAAUAUAAAUCUUCCUUUUUUUUUAGAUUAUAAAUGAUCUGAGCAAAAGAGUUUGGUUUGUAGUUAUAUGGUCACAUGUCUGCCCAUCAAAUGAACCAAACUCUUUUAGGUGCUAGAUUUCUUAAAUAUUCAACAUUAUUUGCCUGUUGGUAGCAAACCCCAUUGAUUGGGUUUCAGAGUAGAGCUUUUUCCCCAGAUAAAAUGCAGUCCAGCUCACAUUUUUCCAAACAAAUUUUCAACAGAUUUUUUGGUUUUACUUCAGCUUCACAGAUCAGAUGCAAGAUGUCAACUUUUUAAAAACUGCGGUUCAUCUUUGCCCUUCCGUUAUUUCAAAUUUUUAGUAUGAAUUGCUGAAGCACCCUUCACUCUCCAUGUUUGGGCGUAAAGAUGAAAUCAGAUCAGCACAAAGAGGGGAGGGCGUGGCUGUCUAAGCCUACAAGGGGACCUGCCUCCAACAACCAAAUACUGCUUCUGACUUGAACAAAUAUCCCACCAUUUUCUAAAGGGACCAUUCAGCAUAAACCCAUUUAAAAUUUCCUCUUUUUUUUCUUUCUUUAAACCAGGAGAGUUUUUUUUUUCUUUCUUAAAUCUGGAUUUUUAAAGAAAUGCACGUUUGUAGUCGAGGGUUGAGCCGAGGAGAGCGGGAGAUGAGGUUUUCUUUUCUUUUUUUUUAAGUAAGACUCGGGGAGAGAGGAAAUGGCUCAGUGCUUCUAUGAAGUGCUCUGGAUUUAAAAGAAUUUAGGAGACAUAACCUGAAUAACCUGUUCGGUGUACUGUGAACAAGUUGCCAGGGAGCGGGAGAUAGGAUCUGUGAGGACUGCUGUCAUUAAAGCAGUGAAAAUUGUCAUUUCUUCUGGGCUGCACGUGUAACUGUUCCACCCAAAAAAAAAAUCCUCAGUUUCAGUGUUUUGUUAUUACAGUGAUUUCAUACAUGCAGAGUGUGACUUAUUAGCAAAAAUUAGAGGGGAAAACUUUGAAAAGAUCCAAGCCAAGUGUGCUAUCUGUGAUAAGGAGACUCAUAGUAAUGUUUUUGUCAAUAUGAAAGACAAAAAAAAAAAUACUUUUUAUCGGUACUAUAUGAAUUUAGAAAUACUUUUUAAUGCAAAAAGAUUGUACAACUGUGUACAGACUGACGUAGGAGAAGAAGAAUAAGAAAGUAUUGUUUUGUUUUUAACCACUGAAUUGUAUUGCUUAGCCUAUUUUUCUAUUCAUAUUUGACUGGUGGGUUGAGUGUAAAAGGUUGUACGAUAAUCAAUUCUAUUUUUGUGUGUCUAAUGCGUGGAGGUGAUAAUUGUCCUACAGCUAUCAGCUGGACUCCCUGCUUGUUGAAGAGGUGUUGAAGGAUGGGGGAGGGGGCACGGGUUGGUGGGGAGGGGGGGCACAUAGAAACCUGAGGCGCUGCCCAGGCAACCAGCCCUCAGUCCUGCCACCCUGUGAUUGGUCCAGUUUUCAGGGCGGGACUCCGCCUCCCCGGCCGUGUGGGGGGAACCAACAAGUAGUCCGGGGUGAGCGAGUCGCUUCAUGGACGCCUAGCAUGCCAUUUUAUGUCACUGUUGCUUUUUUUAAUGGUUCUGUUCCAUAUCAUGUGUGGCCUUGUGCGAAAUGUCCACACAUGCAUAUGAGUCGAGAUGUUUUGAGAUCGCCCUUAGGGAUAAACGUUUGCAACUGUUGUAUCUUGGACGGUGUUUAUAUUAGCUGUAUGCAGGGUGGGGGGCGGGGGGGGGGGGGUUCGGGGGGUGAAAAGCAGGCCAUUUUCACUGUGGUCCCAGGACAUGAAACCAUGUACAGCUAUCACAGUUAGGAGGCGUCCAAAAAGUAAGGGAGAACGAGGUUUUCGUUUUUUCACUUUUUUUCUUGAUUGCAUGCCUACGCUGUAAAAUGCCCAUCUACAUGCAUUAAAAAUGGAAUACGCAUUUCAGUCUUAGUUCCCACGAAGUAACGUGAAGAGACGUUAACGUAGUUGCAUUUAUAUACGCGGAUGUUGCACUGAAGUGACCGUAGUGCAGGUAACAUAGUUGCUUUGUCGAUUUACAUCGCCUCCGGAGUACUAGACGAUGCCAAACGGGGCCCGGGUCCAAAUCGAGGCAUCAGCACGGGGAGGGGGGGGGGUGGGGGGGGUUGUGCAGUUUUGCUCUUUGUGACGUUAUAAAAGUGCGGAGCUGUCACGUGACGGUGUGUCCGCGUGCCGUACAUCCCACAACAGACGGUGUAACGUUACAGACAUGACGACAUCCACAGCUGCAGACUACAGUCACAGCAUCUCCCGUACGAAAUGUAGUACCGAACGUGAAAAUAUCAAAUCCAAAGGAAUACGUAUUUUUUAAUACCGUCGACAUAAACUGCAUAUAUGUACUUUAGAAUAUACCGUUUAAUGCCUCUUCAAUAUGUCUGAUUUUAUAGAUACAUUGUGUAUGAUCUAGCCAAACUGUCAAUACCUGUAAAAUGAUAGUCUAAAACACAGAUUGCGAAAUAUAUUUUACAGCGUACGCAUUUUGAAGGCGCAUUGCAUUUAAGAGUGGUAAUAAAGGCCUUUUGAAAUACACAAGGUAUCUUUUGACAUAUUAAGAAAUAUGUAUUUCUUCUUUUUGGAUUUCAUAUUUUGAAAUGUAUUGUCAUCUGCUACUUUUCCCAUGGGGUCCAGUACGACCAGCCCUAGUGACUGUGAUGAAACGUCUUUCCUGGAGUGUAGAAAUCUGUACAAAUUUGGGGGUGGGGGGAGGGGGGGAUUGCAGAAUGAUUAAUAUGCCUGAUACUUCUCCAUCGUACGGUGGGAUCAGGAGCCAGGCAAGCAAUGAAUUACAUUUACUCUUCUAGUUACUGUCUUGAGUAACAAGGUAAAAUGUCAAUGUUUUGCUUUAGAUAUUUUUUUCUUUUUGUAUUUUUGGAAGGGAAUUUGGUAAAUAUGUCGCCUUUUUGUACGUUUUUUUUUUCUUUCUUUCUUUCUUUCUUUCUGAAAUCGAAUCAGAAGUAAAAAUGCUACAGUUUGACACGACGGAAGUCUGAAAUCUGAUACGUGAACAUAAUCUUAAAUCUUAAUUGUAAAAACCAAUAAUGUGUCAGUCUUUGUAACGAAGGUACAGAUCUAUCUUAAUUUAUUCUCAGAAUCGUUUUUCUAGAGCUACAUCCACUGCAGGUUCAUUACAAUGUUUUAUAUAUUCAUGGCUGUUUAGAGUGCAAUUAAGUGCAAUUUAUUGUAAUCUUAAAAAGGUUGUUUCGGGGACUCGAUCCCUAUUCUCAGCAACAUGUUAUUUCUCCACAGAGAUCAAUCAUACAAAUAAAAAUGUAAUACUGUAAAGAUUUCCGAACAAG